ACACACAAGUGCCUAAAUAGAUCAUUUUCCUUUAUUAAAAAAGCAGCUACGCAGCAUGAGGUCUCGGCCGUCAGUGUUGAGUCUCUUAGUUUGGUCCGAGAGCAUCAUCAUCAUCAUCUUUUCAGCACUCUGCUUAACUGAAGUUAUUUAAGACGUUUGGUUUUCCUUGACUGAUUACCUCCCAUCAGUGUUGCAGCACAAGUCCCCCUGCCUACAGGCCACGUGCCGGCCCAUGAUGCUCAGCGGUUCAGUGGAUGUGCCCAGCCCUGGGGGGAUGAGUGUGGCAUCGGGCCGCAACGUGAUACGUAGCUCAAGCAUCAGCGGCACCAUGUACAGCCUGGAGAAGAGCCCGUGCAGCACCGGGUCUGACACUGGAGGGAUUAAAAAACGCCGGUCCAGCCUCGGGGCUAAGAUGGUGGCCAUUGUGGGGCUUUCACAGUGGAGCAAGAGCACACAGCAACUCAACCAACAAGACGGAGGAACCAAGAAACUACGCAGCACCAUCAGGAGGAGCACGGAGACGGGUAUCGCCGUGGAGAUGAGGAACCGUGUGACGCGGCAGGGCAGUAAGGAGUCGACAGAUGGAAGCACUAACAGUAACAGCUCAGAGGGAACUUUCAUCUUCCCUACCACCCGACUGGGCCCGGAGAGCCAGUUCAGCGACUUCCUGGAUGGCCUUGGCCCCGCCCAGAUCGUUGGGCGUCAGACAUUAGCCACACCUCCAAUGGGCGACGUCCAUAUCGGAGUGAUGGAUCGAGGUGGUCAGAUCGAAGUGGAGAUCACCCAAGCCAGGGGUUUAACACCUAAACCAGGCUCAAAGAACAUUCCAGCGACAUAUGCAAAGGUUUAUGUCCUGGAGAAUGGAGCGUGUCUCUCCAAGAAGAAAACCAAAGUGGUGAAAAAAAUGCUGGACCCGACCUACCAGCAAACACUGCUGUUUGAUGAAAGCCCACAGGGCAAAGUGUUACAGGUGAUUGUGUGGGGCGAUUACGGCCGCAUGGACACCAAGUGCUUCAUGGGAAUGGCCCAGAUCCUCCUGGACGAGCUGGAUUUGUCCUCAAUGAUUGGCGGCUGGUAUAAGCUGUUCCCCACUUCCUCUCUCGCCGAGCCCAGCAUCGGUCAGCUGACCCGACGCCUCUCACAGUCCUCACUCGAGAGUGCCACCAGCCCCUCAUGCACCUAGAAACGGCCCUUUCUCCUCGUCUUCUCUCUGUGUCUUUAUAGUCCCAUUCUCUUUUUUGUGCAAUUCAGUCUUAAAUGCAACACCGUGAGUGGAAACGCAUAGAUUGCUAUUUUGUCUGGCUCACACACACACACAUGCACACACACACACACACACACACAUACAAACGCACACACACACUUCAUUCCAUCUGUUCGUCUCUUCCUCUUUCAUUAUAAUAUAGCAGGAGACGAGAGUUAAAUCAUACACCUUGUUGUCUAACUCUCCCAUAAGCUGGAAGGCUGCUAAUCCAGAAGCGCACACACACACACACACACACACACACACAAAGAAAUCAACAGUUGAAUGUGUAACAAUAUAGAGAAUUUGACUGUUGACAGUGAGAUUUGGCUCGUCAGUUCUCACACACACACACUUUCCAGAAGUUUUACAGAAGAUGUAGCAUUUAUACAUGCGCAACCCAUAAAGAGCAGAGCGCUUACGAUCAUCACGCUUACGAUAUCCACCCCUCACGCCAGAAAAAAAAAAAAAAAAACUUCACUUCUUCACUUCUUCUGUUUUCCUAAAACUCUCUAUGCCAAACCUGCUCAAACGUUUCUUUUUUAAAACCAAAGCAAUUCUUCUUAUAUGUAGUGUUUGUAGAGUAUGGAUAUGUAGCAGAGUCAACGACUUUCGGUGAGAUGCAAAAACAAAAAGAAAAAAAAAUAUAUCUGUAGAGUUUAACGUACACACAGUCAGAUCCAGAAUGGCUUCACCCUUGAUAAAGAUAAAUGGAAGAUACACAGAACAGAUGAAACACACUUCAAACACAUUUUAACCUUCUAUCACAGAAGCACAGCUGUCAGGCAGACCCUUUUCUUUAUACAUGGAUGCCACCUCCAUCAACAAGCACACCAGCACUGAGCCUUUCCCUUUAAUUACCCAGAAUAUUCCAGAAGGAUUUCUUCGCAUUUCUUCAUCAGAUUAAGAAUUGUCCCGAUUUCAUCACUAUGAUUAUUUACAUCACGAUAAUUGCCUUUAGCACGGUUUACAACAUGAUGUGAUUGCCUUCCCUGAGCCUACAAUGCUGCCCUCAAAACAGUCGAAAAAAAUUUCGUCCCUUACAAGACAACUGUCCUUGUGCUGCCUCUAGACUUUAAAGCACAAACACUGCCCAAAAGAUUUGCAUCUAGAAGUAGCUCCUGUCUUAAAUGGAACUGUUAUUUAGAUCAUCGAGAAUCCACAAGUUAUACAUGAUAUGUGCAGUAUAUAGCAAUAUAUAUAUUUCACAUCAGGGGUGGACAAAUCAUUUACAUUCUGACAGACACACUUAUCCAGAGCGAUUUACUUUUUUAUCUCAUUUUAUACAACAAGCAAUGGAAGGUUAAGGACCUUGUUCAGGGGCCAAGCCACGGCAGCUUGGUGGACCUGGGAUUCAACCUCACAACCUCCCCAUCAGUAGGCCAACGCCUUAAACACUUAACUACCACAUCCCCACACCACAAGCUUGUUUAUUAGCAGGUGUAAUGAAUUGUAAGAUAAUUUUUUAAAAAUGACCCGGGAAAGAAAAAAAGCCCUAUGGACUUUCACCAAGUAGCAAUUUACUUACUUUGUAUGUUUCAACAUGACAUCACACACUACUUUUAUUAGUUGAAUAAUUUUUCUGGAAGCUCCAGGGUUGGAGGUUCGAUUCCUGCCUGGGUGUGGAGUUUGCAUGUCCUCCCUGUGCUUGAGGGUUUGCUCCAGGUUCUCUAAUUUCCUCUCCCAGUCCAAAGACAUGCCUUAUAGGCUGAUUGGCAUCUCUAAAUUGUCCAUAGUGUAUGAAUGAGUGUGUGAUUGUAGACUUUGAUGGAUUGGUCCUUUGUGACCUCAGUCUUGUGUCCCCUGGAAUAGACUCCAGGUUCUCUGUGACAGUAUGUAGGAUAAAAGCUACAGAAAAUAAACAGAUGGAAUAAAUUUCCUUAUACAGUUGAUUUAUUUACAAAAAUAUACAAGAGUCGUGUACGUCCAUGAUAAAGUGGAAUUACGGCUAUAUGGAAUAUUCCUCAUAAGCAUUUGAGUAUUCACUGAUUUUUAUUAUUUAAAUCAGUCAACUAGGUAAUAAGUUUUUGUGUAUUUAGCUCUGUUCAACUGAACCAUGAAACUGGGCAGCACUCUGGCUGUAAUGAAGUGUAUGAUUUGUCCAUCUCUGUGUAUGAUGAAGCAUAUUCUAGCUCCACAGAUCAAAUCUACUCAUGUAAAACGAUGAUUUCAGUCUGUAUUCAACAACAUUUCAGUUCAAUCUGCAGAAACCACCAAGGUUCAGAUUUCAGUCAAACUGAAAAAGUCUACUAACACCAUUAGUCUUGAUGAUGGUGUCUGAGUCAGCUGUAUCAAACAAUUUCCCCUAAACAGUUUCACAUAUUUCCUUCACAGUAACUAUUUCUCUUUUUCUUUUCCCUCAUCCCGUUUCUGAUGCCGAAAUGUGCCUCGGGUGUAACAGGGAGUUUAUUUUUAGCGUCAGAACACCGUAGCACUUUCUCAAAGUCACAGUGCCAUUUAGGAUUUGAUGUUUAUCGAUUGCUGACAAUAAGGGCUUUUUUAUUUUCCUGGUAGCACUUUGUCCUGAUGGCAAAAAGAGACCCAUUUUCACAUCCCCAGUCAUGCAAAGUCCUGAUACAGUAACAGCCAUUUUAGUGAUGUGCCAUUUUGUUUUCACUGCAAAUUCAGAUUUUCUAUACGUUAAGGCACAUGGAUCAUUACUUAUGCUGUAUGUAUCUAUCCUUUAUGUUUAUCAAGGGUGUUUCUGAUUCAGGAUUCGGGGGUAACUGUCAAGACGCACACACACACACACACACACACACUCUUCUUAAGGGCAGGGCUCAAAUUCACCAGUCAGGUUAUUUAAAUGCACAUAACUCCUGUUACAUAUAGUAGCAUAAAUGUAUGAAUUCAAACAGAGGACAUUAUAUAUAUAAAAAUAUAAAAUCUAGAUAAUAUAUAAAGAUAAGAUAUUUGUGUUAAUGUAUUUAUUAUCUGCAUGUUUACUCACAGAAAAACAAAUAUAAAGUGUUGUUUUAAGCUUGCCUUUAAACGCAUAUAGACUAUAUAGACUGUAUUUAUUUUGCCGAUGCUGUCGUUUUCUUUCUCUUUUUCUUUUCUUUUCUUUUCUUUUUUUGUUUUGCUGAAUGUCGGAUCUGCACUGAAGGGUAGCUUCAUGACAAGGCUCUGUUCAGUUUCUCCGGCUGUAAAGUGAACCAACGUUCAAGCGAACAACUAAACCAGCAGCUCAAUUUGUAAUACAGAAGAGCAAAAAGUGUCAUGGACAUGAAGUCUUAUUAACAAACACGGUGGACCUUCCGGGGGUUUUUUUUUGUUAUUUUAUUUUUUUUAUGCUUGGACGAUGGAGACUUUUCUUUCGACCAGCAUCUAGAUCUAAAUGACUAAAGGCCUUAUCCUGGAGGUCAUGAAACGAAUGGAAAUGAAUAUCGAUAGCCUGUUAAUCAAAGCCCAAGAGUGAUGGAUUUUCUCAGCGAGCUCUUUAAAUGCUGGGAUUGUAGCUAAACAGGUGAAAUCAUCUUCUCCAUUCAGCCUUAUAGGCACCAUGGAGACUUCUCAAGAUGUUUCUUGUUUUGUUUUGUUUUUUUAAACAUGGUCCUUCUUAUGUAUCUUAGAUCUGGACACAGGAUUACGAGUGUUGAGUUUUUUUUUCCACAUUUCAUAUAUAUAUAUCAUCUCACAUAUCAUGUCUCAACAGUUACUUUUCCAUAUCUUCAAGGAUAGAAUUCAUGUUUAAGGAACCUUUUUAAGUUUUCCUCCAUGGUCAAAGACACUGCUUGGUGACCAUAAAAAUUUAAGCUUGGAGUUUCCUGUGAAAACAACAAUUUCGAAUUUAUUCCCAUUAAUCUGGCCAAAUUUUUAUUCUCCAUGUUAUGGACUCCACAGGGGACUGAAUGAGAUAUUCAUAAUCAUAAUCAGCAUGCUAUGUUUUGAUUUAACAGGAAGUAAGCACAGCUACUCUGACAUCUCUGAAAUAUGUGAAUUACGCAUUCACAAUAUGUGAUCAUGAUGCAUACUGUUAUUAAGAGCAUUUCCCCAGCAGAUUGUCUUCGACUUUCAUCCAUUUCUAUUGAACAUAACGUUUCAAAAAAAAAAGUGUGAUUUUAGGUCAUUUUCACGCUUGAAUUUUUUUCCAGACUUCUGAAUCGUGAGUUUGGUUCAAUUAGCUCAGGAGCAUUCGCAAGAUCCGAUCUGUAUUGCUCUUAAAAACUGGCCUGGGAUUCACUUUAAACUGAACUGCGGCACGAUCUGCAUCGGCUAUCUGCGUUCAGAGCCGCAUGCUGAAUAAUGUCACUUUACGCCCUGUGUCUACUUUCAGAAUGCAGAGAAAAGAGUUAUUGAUACGUAAAAGCAGAAUUCUACAGGACCGGAGUGCUUGUAAUUAGCUUACCUAUGUGAGCAGUUGUGAAAAAGGCAUGUCUUGUGUCUCUGCACUAAAAAUCUUAAAAUCUGCUAAGAGUAAAAAUUCUUGUUCUAUGAGCUCAGCACCUUGUUCGGAGGUAUUCCAGCACGGUGAUUUCUCAUGGUAAAUGAAGACCUUAGUGACGUGACACUCCAUCAGCGUGUUCUGAAGGAAUUGUUUGUGAACACAAACCUCUGAUUUUAAGCCCCGCCCCAAAAAUCAGUCUGUAGUGUAGAUUCAAAUAUUCCGAUUUUUCAAGUGUGAAAAUGUCCUAACUACUGUUUCUCAUAUAGCUGUUUUCUUCUAUGGAACUGUUUAUUUACCUAUUUUUUUUUUAUUUUUAUUAUUCACCCUUUAUAUUUUUCUGUGCGCAAUGAUACUAUAUGAUGUUUAAAUCAGAAUAUCCCAAAAGGAAUGCACAUUCGGACCUUCUGCCUUCUGUUUGCACUUGAUCUCAGACCAAAAAGACUACUAUGAUAGCUUAAAAACUAAUUUAAAACAAAACAACGACGACAAUAUUGGCUCUAAACCAAGCUCAAGUCUCCAGGAUUAUUUGUUUGUCUACAUUUUUGCCCAUUUCCAUUAAGACAUCAUUACAUUUUGUAAGAAACGUGGACAAAUGGGCUAAAAUGGUUUUAUUUUAACCCACAUUAUUUUAAGUAUCACCAUUCUCUCCCUUUCGACAUUCAUGUUGCAAAUACUCAAAGAAUCAAGAUCUCGAGUAUAAAUGUCUUACAUUGCUUCAGUAAGAAGUGUGUGUAUUCAUGUUUAAGUUUCUUAAUGACUGAAAAGAAACGUCAUUUUUUAUUCUAAAGGUUCCUCUCUGACUGUACUGAAACACAUCUUCUUCUUUUCUUUUUUUUUUGCACUUUCUCACGGCUGAAUGUUUUGUCUGAAACUCUGAAAACUCUAUUAUUAGAUAUUACUAUUUUUCCAUGUGAUUUUUAUGUAUACUUGGCACUUGAGAUUGUACAUGUCCUUUACCUGUAAAUGAAGUACUUACACACUUUUAUUGGCCUUGCAGGUCUGCAGAAUGACAAGAAAUGACAAGAAAACGAACACUGAAUGCAUGAAUACUUGUAUCCUAGUAGUUUUAUUUCCUUCAGGUCUAGUGGUUGGUUUGGUUUUGUUGGAUUCAGGAUUCUGUUUGAUUAAGGGCAACGGUGAGCUGGACCUUUGAGCUUUCUCUUCCUGUCUUGGUCAUUUCUGUGGUUUGAAUGUGUUGCACUGGGAUGCAGUGGGUAGUGUUGAUGUCUCACAGGUCCAGGGUGUGAUCCUGAUGUUGGGUAACUUCCUGAAUUGCCCUGACUUCCUCUCUCCUCCUUACAACAUGCAGGAAUGUAGACUGGGUGAGCUAAAGUGGCUCUAGGUGUGAAUAAGAGUAUGUAAAAGAGGCUUGGCUUCUCAUCCAGGGUGUAUUCUCACUUCACACUCAGUGUUUCUGGGUCCCAGGCUACAGAUCCAACAAACUGGUGUUUACAAUGAGUUUAAAGCCUGUUGGAUGCUUUAGAUAAUGACAUACAGUAUACACUGUACAUGGUAUACAUUCUGUACUGAAGUCCACACUAACAGGGGAAUGAAAGUUGCAUGCAUGAUUUUGCAAGCGCAUUUUAAGAAAGUUAGAGUUCUGAUUUUGUGUAGAUCGUCUCUGCUUCGGUUUGUUCUUAAUGCUUCAGCCAGACUAAAUAAAAAUAAUAAUAAAACAUAAAGAAGGCAACACUUUGAUAACUUUAAAGUUAUCUACUACUGAUUGUAUGAUGUAUCACAGAUUGUCUAACAGGUUGAGGAUUGUGGUGCUGAGGUGACACCAGUAUGGCUCCCCAUAUACUGUGUGGAUGAGCUUCGUAAUACAUGUGGAUCCCUGGAGAGCUACUAAUCUUACUAAAGUUACAAUAAUGUGAUGGACAGGGUUAUGGUUCAUGACGUCAUCGGAAUGAAAUUAGUCUCGCUUGUUAGAUCGUUGGAGAUUUUUGAAGGAGAUAAAGGGAUGUAACAUGGUUUUGUGUUUUCUCCAAAUUUGGUCAUUCCCCAUUUCCAACCCUUUAGCUAGCAUUCCCAUCUCAACCAAGCAGAGAGGAUAACACUUGCUUCUACUGAGACAUGAGCUGAAGCCAGCCAACCACACCUAUUUGAACUUCUGCUCAUGCUGAGCCGAAAAAUAAAACUCAGAGAAAAGUGCUAUCCGCCCUCUUACGCAUACCUGAGCUCACAGGCACUCAUGAUUGGCUGGUUUCACUCUGACUGACAGGUAAUAGUGUAUCUCUAUCCUAUAACCCAGACAACAAGGCCAGGGACUGUGGUUUUGUCCAAAUUUAGUAAUUCCCGUCAACGGGGCAGAAAAAUGCGGAGAGGUUGAGAGGUCAGGUUAUUGCUUGUAGCAUUAAAUAGAACUUUAUUUGUUACAAUCCAACAAAAUACCUGUUUUUGCCAGAAUUUAAAGGCCAAUUUGGAUAAGCUUUCCAAACUCUAGUGUUUUACAGACUAUUCCUUAUUAGAAUUCACUGUAGCAAGAAUUGUUUGUGUGGAAAAUGUAUUUUUGCUGACAGAAUGGCAUGACUUUGAUGUAAAGUAGACUAUUUAGUAGCUAAUUGGUGCAUUAGUGGCAUGGAUAUCAUUGUGUACUACAUAAACCCAUUCAGUCAGUUAAAACCUGGCACGCUAAACAAAUAUGGCAUCUAGCUAUACGAUACAAGAUACGGUUAUGCUGUAUUUCUUUACACGCUGUCGCUUGCAAUGCAUUGUGGGUCGUACACACAGUUUCUUGACCACCAAGAUUAGCAAACCAAAAAAAAAAAAAGUCUGAACAGACUCUGUGUUCUAGUAUGUAGGACUGUUCUUCAAAUAUCUGAUGUUCUAGUAAGUUCUUGGGUCGUGAGCUUCAGAGACUUGGUGUUAGGAAGCUAUUGGGAUUGUUAGUGAUGAAACCCUCUUUGUCUUUGUGAGGUUUCCUUCGCUAGCAUGUUUUAUUAACCUGUUGCAUUUCUACAUACUUCAAGGCGAACACUAGAUGGCGUGUUUUUCACUUUACUGACUUUCUGUGUUCGCUCGAUCCCGAUGAUUUAUAUGCGGCAUAAAUGCUCAGAAUUUUUGGUUUUACACCAAAUUGCAGGCCUUUUUUUUUUUAUUGUUGGUCACUUUAACAUGCGUUGCGCUAUCGUGAAAUGUCGUUUUAUUUUUUUAAACAAAACCGGAACAGGGAGUUUUGUAGAAAGCGAGAGCGUUUCAUUCGAGGCUGGAAAACGGCCUUGUCCAAAUUCUGCCUCUGAUAUGUUAUCACGAGGGCUUUGUGAAAGUUGUUUACUUUAUUUCCGAGGUGUGUUAUUGCGGUGCUGGAAUCCUGUUGGAUCGACCGAAAGGCUUGAGUAUUUUCCCAUGAUGUAUCUGUUUUCUAACCAAGAUUGAUGAAUGUAUUUAUUUGAUUAGCACUGAAUUGUAAUAAGAGUUUUUGAAGUCUUAUUUGCUUUUUUUCCAGUUCUUUAGAGGCUAAGGCCAGACUUUAUUUCAUUUUGCAGGGUGUGUUUUUUUUUUUUUAAAGCCCUUUUUUAAUCACAGAUCAAAAAACGAAUCUGUCUCUGUUUCUAAUCUGGAACCUGUAGCACUAUUAACAUGUCGGUUUCCACUUAUGGUAGUGAUUAUAACGUGUCAUUUUUGUGUAAACAACAACAUAGGAAUAUGAAUUUUACUCUUUCGUAGCAUGAGUUUGCCUUCCGUUCAGUUUGCAAUAACCUCUUAAAGACGGUCCGAAGAAAAGGGCGGGGUUUAGCCUCACUCGGUUCAGUUUUGUUGAUAAACCCAACUCACAAUAAUCUUUUUGUAUUCAUUUCAUUUGCACUAUAUCUUUUAGAAAAUCAUUUUCAGUGACAGGACACAAUAAAAGUGCACUCAUAUGGUACAAAAUGAUGGCUUCUGCACUCAAUUUUCCUGUCUAGGAGGCCUACAUAGGGAUAUAAAAUAAGGCUUCUGUACUCUAUGUAGUGCACUAAAUUCUUACUCUCUAUGUAGGCAACCUAGAUAGGAUAUAAGAUAAUGGCUUUUACACCCUGUGUAGUGCCCUGUAUGUUUAGUAAAUUAUCAGCCGCCUAUUUGUUGGUCAUUUUUAUAGUAUAAACAGCACACUAAUGGGCGUCUAGGAAAUAUGAAUCAUGGCUUAAGCUACGUUCACACAUCUAUAAGUCCCCUUGGUCUUUAGCUACAGCUCAAAAUGUCUGAAAUGUAGUGCACUACAUACAGUGUAGAAAACAUUGUAUAGUUUCAGCUGAAUGUAGGUUGAGGUUAUUAUCAGCAAAGUUAUUAUUUUUUCAGAGUAGUAAAUAAAAAAACAACAACAUGGAGUUUGUGUCUGCUCGUGUACGUAACAACACUGUAGUCUUAAUCCAUCAAUCAUCGCUAUCCUUUUUCUUUUUGUGUGUUGUUAAAAAGAGCACAAGAACAUACAUGUGUUUUGUUUUCCACCAUGUGCUUAUGGAAGGAUUUUAAAAGUACAAAUAUUGAGAGAGAGAGAGACAGAGAGAAAAAGAGCAUCAUCAGAAAUGUAGCUUCCCUUAAACACACCCGAUCAUGUUCUGUAUUAAAGCUUUCACUGAUGUGCUGAAGGACGUUAGAAGUGAUCAGUCUUUAACUGGAGCUCGGAGAGGAGCUCAGGUGUGUGUGGAAAUGGCGGUUAAGGUGCACACACUCACCACUAACCUGUCUUCGUGCAUUGUAAAGGAGGGUGACGGAGUGUGCAGGAGCUCGCUACCGAAAUGGAAACGCUACAGGAAACGGGAGCUGUAAUUUUCUACUUGUGCUUUGUAAACGUUUUCUAUGUGCAGUAUUUGAUAAUGUAAAACUGGUAUUUUUGUGGUUUGUACGCUGAGGAAACGAUGAUUUAAGGUGCACGUAGUUUUUUAAGAAAAUUAGAAAGGAUUAAAAAAAAAUAAUAAAAAAGUUUUAAAUCUGAAGCCUGUAUCUGCAUGCCCAUCGAGUGCUGGAGGAUGGAAUUCAAUAAAGUUUUAUUGGAAUCAUU